AUCUGUCAUUUAUCUUAAGACUGAACAAGAGAGAUUUCAGUACCUUUGGCCUGAAUCCAGCAGAUUUUGUCUUUGGGAGCAACAAGAGGUAGUGAAGAAAUACCCCUAUGAAAUGGUUGUACCGCUUGCCAAUGAGUACUACAGCCAUUGUCAAAUCAUUUUACAUAUGGUGAGAACGGGGGAACUUGACAAGGUGGAAGGCUGUAUCAUGUCAUUCUGGAAGUCUCUGCCACCUGAGAAGAUAGCACUGAUGUCCUUGCCAGAUGUAUGCCAACUCCUGGAAAGCUAUGACAGGCAUCUAUUCAAGGAAAUGGAGAACAUCCUACUUCAUGAUUUUCUGGAGGAGGUGCCUCUGCAACACAUUAAGUCAGUCAUAUUGUUCAGUAAAAAUGUUGAACUUUGGAUGGUUAAUGCUUUGGAAUACUUUCCAUUACAGCUCCAAACAUCGAAAUCUAAAGAAGUUACAGUGUUUAUGAAAAGACUCAGGAGAAAGACAGACCUUGCUAACAUGGUUAAGACAAUGAGAACAGUCUUGAACAGCCACAGCAAGGUCACUGUUUUGCGAUCAGACUUGCAUUCUGUCAUCGAACAGGGAUUUCUGGAUAUUCCUGGAAACCUCGUUCAAAAGGCGUUUAGGAGUCCAGACGAGCCGCAGAAUGACAUAGAACUCAAAUGUUUGAAUGACUUAGUGUCUUUGCUGACACCUUCCACAGACAUCCGGGUUCUCUUGAACUGUGUGUCUUCGAAUCUUCAUGCUUUUGUCAUCCAGCCAAGCAGGAAUAAAGAGGAGUUUAGAGAACUGGCAUCAGAUUUCCAUUUGAGAUGGAACUUCCUACUGAGAACAAUAAGCAAGGCUAUGACCCUCAACAACACAGACAGUUUUGGAUCCUGGCAUUUGCUUAACUUGCUGCUCAUGGAUUUUGUGGCUCACAUUUUCCUGUCCUGUAUAGAGGAGAAGGAAGAUGAAAGUUUCUGGGUUGCAAAGCAAAAUGAGUUCCCUGUUCUGUGGUACUACAAGCCCAGCUAUCUCUGGGGCUGUUUUGCAGAGGAGCAACGUCAAGCCAGUACUCUACAGCCCGCUUUCAGAACUUCGAUGCAGAGCCAGAAUAACUUUGGAAAGAGCAUGUUUUUCCAGAGUUCUGAGAUAUGCGGUGGACACAGCCACUGGCAGCAAGCUCAUGCAGGUCCUUUUGAAAGAGAGAACUACCAAAACUUUUACUAUGUUGGAUCUUCAAGUCAGAAGGAAAGCACUUCUUACUCAGAACAAGACAGAGAUGAUUCUUGACUUCAAUGAACACCAAACUUUCAGAGAAAACCAGCCUGACUUGAAAAUUCUGUAUGCUAGACCGUUAUUACUUUCUGAUAUAACUUUAAGAAAAUACUGUUUUCAUUCUCUUAAAUUUAAGA